CCCCGGCUCAGUGCGGACAGAGCUCAGAUCCAAACGCAGCCCAGUUUCUGGGUGCCCUUCUUUUCUAAGCCAGCUGGUCUGGCUUAAUAGCAUCAACUACUUCCUUUUAAUUGUUUUUAUCUUGAAAUCCGUUUCUUGUUUGAUACAAGGGAUUGACUGAGCAAACCCACAGCUGGAGCUGCUGGGGAACCUUCCAGGUGAAGAGAGAACGAAGCACUGGUGCUCGCCGGCAGCCAGAGAAGCGCGUGCCCCAGGGGUUGUGAACCGCUGGACGGAAACGGAGGAAGACAUGCGGCAGUGAGCGGCCAGGAAUCAGAGGAGCCAACCAGCAGUUUGGAAGCGAAACGUGGGGAAGAGUGGGAGCUGGACGUCGAUCGAAGCAGCCGGAAGAUAAGACGAUAGCAACCGAGAAGAGAAGCCACAGGAGACGUUGCGAAGAUGGGGAGAAAAAAGAUUCAGAUAGCGCGAAUCAUGGACGAACGGAAUAGACAUGUGACAUUCACCAAGCGCAAGUUUGGCCUGAUGAAGAAAGCCUACGAGCUGAGCGUGCUGUGCGACUGCGAGAUCGCCCUCAUCAUCUUCAACAGCACCAACAAGCUGUUCCAGUACGCCAGCACCGACAUGGACAAGGUUCUGCUGAAGUACACCGAGUACAACGAGCCCCACGAGAGCCGCACCAACUCCGACAUCGUGGACACGCUGCGUAAGAAAGGUCUAAAUGGCUGCGACAGCCCUGACAUCGAGGCAGACGACUCUGCUGGCCAGAGCCCAGAGUCUGAUGACAAGUACCGCAAAAUCAACGACGACAUCGACCUGAUGAUCAACAGGCAGAGACUCUGUCAGGGUCUGCCUCCCAGCAACUACGACAUGGGGGUGUCCAUCCCUGGCGGCAGCCCCAGCGGACUGCUCUACUCCCACCCCGGCCUAGGAAGCGGGCUCGGUAACCACGGCAACUCGGUCACGAUGCUGCCCAUCUCACACUCCAUGCAGAGAAACAGCAUGUCUCCCCAGCGGCCCGCCAGCACUGGAAACGCAGGUCUGAUGGCUUCAGAUCUGCCGAGCACCGUGGUCUCUAGCGUGGGGCCUAACUACAACAACCACUGCCCCUCCCCCGGGCUGCUGUCUCCGGAUGGAGUGUCCAAAACCCUGCAGGAUAAGAGUCCCCCUUCGAUGAGCAUGAACCGGAAGCCUGACCUCCGGACACUGAUGCCCCCGUCCAACAAGUGCAGCAACAUGCCAACCAUCAACCAGAGAAUAAACCACUCUCAGACGGCUCAGACGCUGUCGAGUCCCGCCGUGUCCCUGGCGGCUCAGACUCUGCCUGGGCCGGGGAUGGGCGGCUACCCGUCCACGCUGUCCUCCUCCUACGGCACAGAGUUCUCCCUCGGCGCCGACCUGUGCUCGCUAUCUGGGUUCGGAGGUUCUGGUCUUGGGUCGGUGACGAACUGGCAGCAGCAGCAGAUUCAGAAUCUGCAGCACUCGGCACUUGGACACAUGGGGAACUUGUGUCAGAACUCAAACCUUAACCUCGCCUCCGGGCACCAGAACCUGCACAUCAAGUCCGAGCCGGCCUCUCCCCUGGGGGACCGCGGCGUCGGCAUGGUCGGCCCAGGCCUCGGCGGCGUGGGCUCAGCCGGGUACCCGUCCUCCGGGCGCGGCCCCAACGAGCCCGGCUGCUCCCCGGGCGACAGCGCCUCCAGCUGCGGCAGCUCCUACGAAGGCAGCGAGGAGCGCGAGGAUCACCACGGCAACGACAGCUUCCUCCUGCGGCCCCUGUCCGCUCAGGACGAGCGCCACAGCCCGUCGGUGAAGCGGAUGAGGUUAUCGGAGGGCUGGGCCACAUGAUGGGAGCCGGGCCACAGCCAGAGGGGAGGGGGUGUCAGUAGAGUUACCUUAUAGUGUUAUCAUCAUAUUCUUCUUGUACUGAGUGGGUGUGCUAUAUAUGUGUAACGGUGACAUGUACGCCAGGUGGCAGAAACGGAUCCAGUGAUGCUCUGCUGUAUUUAUAACACGUACUGUAGCUGUAGAUGAGAGCAACGACGGCUGUAUGAAACUAAUAAGACAUGGUCCUAGAAUGUGAUUCGAGUCACACGAGUUAAAGAGAAGUCAGUUACAUGAAGGUGCAGUUUCAAGCUUUAGAAAAGGAAACGAACACUACAUGUUAGUUAGCGUAAAGGUAAAGUUCUACCAGACCUACGACACACUAAUCAAACAGCAAUUAGUAUAUGCUUCAAAUUGACUUCACUGUUAUAUAAUCACCCUGAACCUUGUUAUUAGGACCAUGUCCUCAGUGUUCAGUACAGACGUCUCAGCUCCUCAUUAGAGACGAAGCAGCUGGACGGCUUGUUGAUGUACAUGUACCGCGUUGUUUUUUUUUUGUUGUUUGUGUGUGUUCAGGGAGGAAAUUUAAGGAAAUGUGUUAAACGCACAUGGACGCAUGUGCACAUGUAUGAAAACUAACAAAACGCAAGUGAAGAAGUCUGGUACUCGGAACAGCGAAGCUACUGGUGAGUUUAACGGGUCGGUCAGCCGCGUUGCAGGUUCAACAUUUUUGCGCACAUUAAAAACUAUAACUUUUAGCACAUUUUGAGGAGAGCGAACAGAAGGUCAAGUGGGGAAAACUAAUCCGGUAGAGAGAGAGAGAGAGAGUAAGUUGGGUUUGGGUUGAGAGAUGGAGAUGGAAGAGAAGGCGACGAAGGAAGUGUCUGAGUGGUGAGAAAGUCAUUAGCAGCAGGUUGGAUACAUUUCACUUGAUGUGAAGCCGCUUAUCAGAGUUAGUAAAUAAUUUUCAGAGUCGUGUUUCUAAAAACUCAGCAAAUGCAAUUUAGCAACAAAUCUACGGAAGCAAAGAAACGCCAGAGGAUUCAGAUCAGACAAAUGAACCCGGACAUAAUUAUGGCCAAUAUUCUAGGAAUUAAUUUCACUUAGAGUGGCUUUUUAGCUUUUUAAUCUCUAAUUUCUUUUUUUAAUUUAUCCCCUAAUUUACUUUUCUGUAAAUUGCACAAAUAAGAAAUAAUCAGAUUCCUUUAUUUCAUAUAUAACAAGAAGUCCACAAAUGUUUUAGAUCAAAAAACUUCCAAACAGCGUUUUUUCUAAAACACUGACGUCCAUUUGCGUGUGGCCCUUCUUUGCUUCCAUACAACCCAGCGGGAGUUAAAGCAUCUGUGAGCCGGACUUCGCUGUGGAGACCUGAGGGACCGCUGUCGCUCCCGUCUCCCGGUGCUCAGGCUGUUUUAAGGUGCCGAAAGCUUUUGCAGCACGAGGACUGCACUCAAAAAGCCAUUUACAGCAGGACAGCGAUACUUUGCUGCACAAAGUUCAUAGUGUUUUGUUUAUAAAAAUAGUUAAAAAAAAAUAGUUAAUAAAAAGUUUCCUUCCUUAUUAUAUCAAAUUGAUAUUUUUAGAUGUCUGCAGUUCUAUUUAAUAUGAAAAGAGUAAUAUAAAAAAGCAGAGACGGGACGCACACGAACCCUUUUUUAUUCAGCUUUCAGGGAGAUUCAGGCGGUUGUGAUCAGGAUCUGCUUUGUUUUAAGGGGUCGGUGGCUGAGGGUUGUUCACAUUUGAAUAUUUUGGUUUAAAAACUGUAUAUUUGGAACUCGCAGCCCUUCAGCCGCCGGUCGGUACCGUACGCGGUCGAGUACUGUAACAAGCCUCCGCUGUGGCGUUAAAGGCCCCGCUGCUCUGUCACACACCGGCACCGUCCCCUGCCGCUGCCUCUGGCUGGGUCCACCGGGCCCGACAGAACUGCCAGGCAGGAGACCACACAGCCGAGGUGGAGUGGAAACCAAGUGUAAAACCCGGUUUUGUGUUUUCGGUUUGACUCUUUGACUCAACGGUCAAAUCUAUCAUUCACGCUACUUUAUUCUAACCUGGUGACAGUGAAUGUUCUCCGUACUACGAGUUUACACUUGCCUCUCUCUUGACAUGCACUAACGCUUCUAAUAACAAGUUACAUAUACUAAGAGAUUGUUAGCGGCAUAAGCUGGCCUUUGUCGCCACUUGGAGACAAUGUUUCUCAGACGAAAUAAAUUACCCUCUGCACAGAUCAUGUACAGCAAAUCCCUCGCUAAGACGUCGUAGUAUUUGUAUUUUGCAGGAAAAAAAACAUUAAAUAUACAGGCUCUGUUACAAAUCA